AUGAGUGAUGACAUACUGCAUCAGUGUAGGAGGGAAGCUCGACAGCCUGACAUGGACUAUAGUGAUGAUAUGUACAACGAGUGUCUCUUUCGACUACAGGAAUUAGUACAGCAGAUGAGUGGACAGAAACUUGAAGAGUACGGACUGCCGCCUGUAAACAGGGGACAUGAAGACAGACUGACAGUUGACCUACUUAGAGAAAAAUCUUAUGACAGAGAAGCACUGCAACAAUUUGUAGACGAAAAUGAAACGAAUUUGACGAUUGACCAACGCAACAUUGACCUUCGCAUUACAGAUAUGGUGCACCAUGGGCAAGGAGGGAUUAUUUUUAUUGAUGCUCCAGGUGGCACAGGUAAAACCUACCUGAUUAACCUUUCCCUGGCACGCCUCAGAUCAAGAGGAUUUGUCGCCCUUGCUGUCGCCAGCAGUGGCAUUGCGGCACAGCUACUAUCAAAUGGGAAGACAGCACAUUCGACAUUCAAGAUACCGCUUAAUCUCAUGACCACAGACCUUCCUAUGUGCAACCUCAAGCGAGGUUCAUCAAAGGCUACACUCCUACAGGAAUGUACCGUUAUAUUUUGGGACGAGGCAACCAUGGCUAACAAACUAGCUUUUGAGGCUUUAGAUUGCACAUUACAAGACCUAAGGCAGUCCUCAAGACCAUUUGGCGGUAUCUUAGUUGUCCUGUCUGGGGACUUUCGUCAGACAUUACCAGUCAUUCGAGGAGGUACACGUGCCAAUGAAAUUGAUGCCUGCAUCAAGUCAUCACAUUUAUGGCAACACGUAGAAACACAUUCUUUGACAACUAACAUGAGAGCUUAUCUCUACGGUGACGCCAACGCUGCUGAGUUUGCAAGUCUCUUGCUGCGAGUUGGGAACGGUCAUAUACCGGUAGUUGAAGGACGUCAUACCAUCUUCAUUCCAGAAGAUCUUGGCACAGUUACCGACUCUCCUCAGACCUUGAUAGAGCGAGUGUACCCAAACUUGCAACAUCACUACCAAGACUUCGAAUGGCUAAUGCAACGAGCUAUUCUCGCACCACACAAUGUCUCCAUUCGUGAUAUUAACUGGGAGAUGCUUCAGCUGUUUCCUGGAGAGAUAAAGAUCUAUAAAUCAAUUGAUACGGUCAGAGAUGAUGAUGCAGUACACUAUCCCUCCUGGUAUGCCUCCUCAUAA